AUGGACCAGGAGGCUCUCUUAUCUGAUGAGUUUCAGAAGACAUUAUUAACUUCUGCUACUUCGUCUGUCUCUUCCUCCUUUUUAACAAAUAAGGAGAGAAAAGAAAAGCUAUUACUGUCAAAGAAUAAGAAGACAGGCAAUAUAUCUAAUGAGGAUAUCGAAAAAGUAUUAGGUGAUUCUUUAGAUACCCAAUUGUUUGAUAAAUGGGUUCCUUUCCUUAGAGAAACAAUAGAAAACGACCAACUUGAUGUUGUAGUCGAUGAGUUACAAUCGUCGACCGAAGACAAUUUCCAAGGAUUGGAACUUCAAUUACUACGUGAUUUCCAAGUUACUAAUAAAUUGACUGAAUCUAUUGGAGAAGUAACCAAUAUACAAGGUACUAUUGAACAGCAAUUGACUGUCCAAAUGCAAGACUUUCAAAAUAAAUUAUCCUCAUCCUCUAAUGAUUUAAUAAUGAAAAAACAAGUCUUCGUAAACAAUAAAAAAACAUCAUUGAAAAUAUCGGAAGCAAUUAUACUGAUAACCAAAGUUUUACGUAUUUUAGAAUUAUCGAGCAAAUGUCAAGAGUUGAUUACAGAGAAGAGUUUUUUCAAGGCCCUUCAAAAUCUUGAUAACUUGGAAAAAUUAUAUUUACAAGAGUUUAAAAAUUACAACUUUGGAUUUCUCAAAGAAAUAUAUGAUUCUAUUCCUUUUUUGAAAAAAGUGGUCAAAGAUGAAUGCAUAAAUUUAAUUCGUAACUCAUUCAACAUAAAUUUGGGGAAAAACCUGGAGGAUGUUGGUAAUUCUAUCUUUGAUUGCUACGAGAAGCAAUUACUCCCUCAGUGGUUACAACUCAAAGAGAAAAUGGACUUCAAUAUAUUCAAAUUCAAUUCCCCUGUAGAAAUAUCUUUGAGAGAUCAAGAAGUCCUCAGUACAAUAGCAUUAGAUAAUUUCUUCCAUUUAGACGAAUUCCAUGAUGCCAUAAUGAUUUUCGAAACUUUAAACCAAACUCCAUACUUACUUUCUGAGUUCACAAAAGAGUAUGAAUUUAGAAAAUCCAAAGUUAUUUUCCCAUUGGUGUGGAAGAAAACAGUUAAUAACAUUAAUAUCACAGCAUCGGAUAUCGAGAGAGAUGCAUUUACUAAGGCUUUGACAUUACCAUUUUUGAAGAGUUAUUUGCUUCGUAUUUUAGCUUUUUUAAUGUAUGAUAUCUGCCUCAAUAGAGCGACAGAUUUCAUCCUGGUAGGUAGUAACUAUAAUGCUACUAAUGAAUUCUGGGAAGGAUUACUCAAUAGAUUAGGCCCAUACCUAAGUUAUGCGAUGAACAAGUUACUUAAUACUGAAGAAGAACUUAUUGAUUUUAAAAAUUUCCUUAGCGUAUAUGUCGCUAUUGUAGAGAAUUUUAACUUGAGUAUAGCACCACUAUACAAUAUAUUACUCUCUAUUUUCCAAAAAUAUUGUAACCUCUCGAUGGAAUCUUUCCGCGAAGAAUUUAGAAUACUAUUGGAUGAUGAUGAUUUUAUGCCCUUGACUAUUGAGGAUCGCACAUUAUUUAAUAAGGUUAUUAAAAUUUGUUGGUUAAAAAGGGAUGAACAUGAAAGGUUGACUGAAGAAGUAAGUGCACUAGAAGCGGCGGGGUCUGACUUUUCUAUUACAUUACCAUUUUCUCCGUUAUACCCAAUGACCUGUACAUUAGCUAAGAAGAUAUAUUCAAAGUUGACCUUAUUCAUCUCUGUGUUUUAUGGGCAUAAUCUACAAUAUUUAAGCAAUAUGCUGAUUAAAACAAUGGACGUUAUAUUUAACGAUAUUGUCAACCAACAGAUCAAAUCCAAAUUAGAUAGUAAAUCUAGAGAAGAAAUAGCUCAAAUAUUGAUUAAUUUGGAUUAUUUCAUUAUUGCCUCAAAAGAAUUCAGUUUGAUGAUGACAAACACAAAUAUUUUACAAAAUCCUGAUAUUGAAAUCAAGCUUUCCUCCAUCAAACAUUAUAUUGAAAGUAGAAAAUACGCAGAAACUAAAUUGAUUGAAUUGAUUGAUUCGAAGAUAUCUGAUAUUUUAGAUACAGUGGAAUUUGAUUGGAGCUCAACUCAACUUCGUCAUGAACCAGAUAUUUCAAUAAUCGAUGUUGCACAAUUUUUGGAAAUGAUGUUCGCAUCUACGUUAGUGAAUUUACCUUACAGUAUUCAAACACUGCUGAUUUUUAGAGAAUUCGAUUCUUUGACAAGGAAAGUGCUUGAUGUAUUAUUACAUGAAACACCUUCUUCUUUGACCCAAGAGAGUGUCUCAAAUUUUGAAAUUGACGUCAAUUAUCUGCAAGGGAUCAUACCUAGGAUAUUCCCCUCACUUUCCCCAACUACUUCCGAUCUACAUUCUGCACCAGGGACUCCUAACCCCAACGCAUCUGAUCGCCAAGCAGCUUUAUUGGAAAAUAAUAUGAAGUCUUUGGAAGAAACAUUCAUUGAACUGAAUCAAUGUAUAGAAUUAUUGAAGACAAAAAGUUAUUCUGAAUAUUCUAAUCCCGAAAUCAGAAUGAAAAAAUUUUCUCGUAUAAAACCUGAAGAUGCAAAUAUUUUACUAGGUAAGGUAAGGAGUAGUACACCAGAAUCUGAUGACAACAUGGAUUCCAAAUCGAUAUUAGGCUCUGCAAGAAGUUCUACUCCCUCAAAUGACUCUUCCGGAAAUACUAACAGACUGGCUAAAUUAUUCGGUCGUUAA